AUCUCCCCGAUCUGACGACCCUGCCGCCCGUUUGCGCCUCUCGCCGAGCUCGCCGCUCGCUUCUGCCUCCUCCAUUCCUCCCUCAAAGGGGGCUCCGUGGUCGAGCUCGUCGCCUUCCACACCGCGGUCGGCGGCGGCAGCGAACCCUCGCGCGUGGUCCGCGCCUCGUCGCCGGAUUCCUAGACGCCGCCCCGUCGCGUCGUGUACGACUGUCUUUGUCGUGGGCGGAGGGAACACGAGCCAUCCACCUGUACCUCCGCGGCAGGUCGUCUCGAACCCUCCCCUUUUCCCCACCGCACAACAUGCCGACGCCGUCUCAUCGCCAUUGCCCUAACCAUCCAAAGGGGGAUCACGGUGACUGUGCUGGAGCAUGCGGUGGGGACGGCAUCCCCGUCAUCGACCUCGGCGUCCUCCUCAACGGCAACGCCGAGGAACGAUCUCAGGCGACACACGAGCUCGGCCAGGCCUGCGAACACUGGGGCUUCUUCAUGGUGAUUAAUCAUGGGGUGCCUGAGGCGCUCCAAGAAGAAGUGAUGGAGGCGUGUAAGGAACUAUACAGCUUACCGAGGGAUGAGAAGGCAGAAUACAUUGCUGCUGGCCCAAAGGAUCCUGUACGUAUUGGAACAGGUCUCUUCUACUCUGACGUCGACGAUGCCAUAUGUCGGAGGGACUAUGUGAAGAUGGUUGCUCACCCAGAGUUUCACUGCCCUGCAAAGCCUGCAAGGCUGAGAGAUAUUGCUGUGGAGUACUCUGCUCGAACGAGGCAGCUGUUGCUGGAGCUUGCGAAGGUGGUCUCCGAGAGCCUGGGACUUGAUCGUGGCCGCAUUUCUGAAGUCCUAAACCUUGAGUCCUGCUUCCAGAUCCUUGUCGGGAACAAUUACCCGCCAUAUGCUGGCUCGGAUGGGGUUAUGGGAAUUUCAGCCCACUCUGACCACGGCCUUCUCACUCUGCUCUUCCAAAAUGGCGUGGAUGGUCUCCAAGUCAAGCACAACGGCCAGUGGGUCACCGCAAAGCCCCUUCCAGGCUCACUGUUCAUUCUCACUGGCGAUCAGUUGGAGAUUGUGAGCAAUGGAAGGUACAAGGCCGUGCUCCAUCGCGCACUGGUCCACGGUGGGCAGACGAGGAUGUCGUUCGUGAGCCUGGUCGGGCCGUGCCUAGAUGCUGUCGUAGAGCCAGUCCUGGAGUUAGCACAGAAUGACCCCCAGGGCAUGAAGUUCCGGGGAAUCAGGUACAGGGACUACAUGGAGCACCAGCAGAGCAGCAAGAUGAACACAAAAGCAGCACUGGACAUCGUUCGUGUGCAGGGUGACAUAUUGACAUGUGAGAGCACAACUAACAAUUCAACAGAGGCUGAUUCUUCAGGUUACAGUCCUACAAGUUGAUAUGCUGAACCUUUAUGUCUUAUAUAAUCAGUGCAUUCCAUGUCGUAGUACUCCCUCCUCUUCGGUUCCUAGUAGUUGAUAGACUGAUUAGACAUUCUACUAUUCUCCGUUGGGACAAGCGCUAGCAGUAAUGAUCCAAGUUAAUAUGGAUUAGGAAGAAUGAUCGCUUGGUCAGAUUUGGUGAAGCCUUGGGCUCAGUGGUUCUGAGAGAUGAAUGUGAUAGAGUGGGUUGGUCAGUGGACAAUAAUCUACUAUAUCUAUGUACAGUCAGCAGAGCUUUAGGGAUAUUA